AUGUGGGUGCCUAUCUUUUUCAAGGGUCAAUUCUGGGCUUCCAUAAGGAGUACACAGAGGAGUGAGGGUAUGCAUUCAUUCUUUGAUGGAUACUUAAAUUGUAAGACUAGUUUGGUCCAGUUCGUCCAUGAGUUCGACAAUGUCCUAAGAACGAAAGAGCAGAAGGAACUGGAGGACGAUGCUACAGACUCGAGAGGUCUAAUUCCAUGUUCAACUAGAUCAGCCAUCGAGAGACGAUUUCAAAAAGAGUAUACCAACGAGAUGUUUAAGGAUGUCCAAACCGAGUUUGGCAAGAAGGCUGAUUGCACUAUUUGUGCCGUGGAUGAACAGGGCAACUCCGCUAGGAUAAAAAUGGAAGAGAAAAUACUAGUCUAUGAGACGAAUCGAUAUGUUACGUUUGACGUCCAUUUUGAUCGUUCGACACACGAGGUUCGAUGUAAUUGCAACUUGUUCGAGAGUGCAGUUAAUGAGGUGCCUUCCUGCUAUGUUUUACCUCGUUGGAGUAAGAACAUAAAGCGCAAGCACACCUACAUUAAGAGUAGCCACGACGUUAGACGUUCAAAUGAAAGCCACAACAUAUUCAGAGAGUUAUGUGCACAUUUCUACAAUGUUGCACAGGAAUUCGUGGACUGUGAUAAUGAGGCAGACAUGCUGCACAAUGUUCUGGAGGAUGCAAGGGCCAAGCUAGAAGAUUACCGUGGCAAGAUGCGAAAUAACACUGUCGCUACUGCACACAAUAGCAUCAUCAUAGGCUCUUCAAUCGUUUUCGGCACAGAGGACAUUCAGGCCCUAUCAAAGGUAACCAUUAAGGGUCGUCCAAAAGGCACAAGGUUAGGAUAUGAGUUGGAUAAAUCAAUCAGAAAAUCCAUGCAGAGAAAGCGGAAGAGUGUACGCAAGGAAUUCGUGGACUGUGAUAAUGAGGCAGACAUGCUGCACAAUGUUCUGGAAGAUGCAAGGGCCAAGCUAGUAGAUUACCGUGGCAAGAUGCGAAAUAACACUGUCGCUACUGCACACAAUAGCAUCAUCAUAGGCUCUUCAAUCGUUUUCGGCACAGAGGACAUUCAGGCCCUAUCAAAGGUAACCACUAAGGGUCGUCCAAAAGGCAAAAGGUUAGGAUAUGAGUUGGAUAAAUCAAUCAGAAAAUCCAUGCAGAGAAAGCGGAAGAGUGUACGCAAGGUAUGUAUAGGAAUUAAAGUUAAACUUCACUUUUACAAUGGUUUUUAUUACGUCGAUAGUGGGUUGGUUUUGAUUGAGCUUGUUUAUUUCAAGAUAAUCGUGUAG